CCGCCCGGCACUCCGCGGGCGCGCAGUGGCCAUGCGGCGAGCGGAGCUGGCGGCCGAGGCCGCGCUGCGGGCGCUGCUCCUCGCCACCUUCGGGAUCACGGAGUUCCUGCCGCCCUUCCAGCGCGUGGUGCAGCCCGAGGAGAUGUGGCUCUACAAAAGCCCCUACGUUGAAGUGGACCACGUCCCCACAGUCUUCAUGUUCUUCAUCGCAUUUCUGUCUCCCUUGUUGCUCAUCAUCCUGGCGAGGCUGUUCAUGGGCGCUGACCACGAGGACACGAGGGAAGCCUGCCUUGCUGCCAGCCUUGCUCUCGCCCUGAACGGGGUUUUCACAAACGCCCUGAAGCUCGCAGUGGGGAGGCCACGGCCCGACUUCUUCCACCGCUGCUUCCCGGACGGCCGAGCCAACGCCGAGCUGGCGUGCACGGGGGACGCGCGCAGGGUGACCGAGGGCCGCAAGAGCUUCCCCAGCGGACACUCGUCCUUUGCCUUCGCUGGUCUUGCCUUCUCUGCCUUCUACGUGGCAGGGAAGCUGCACAGCUUCGUUCCAGGCCGGGGGGGCCGGGCCCUGCGCUUCUGUGCCUUCCUCCUGCCCCUCUUCCUGGCCACCCUCAUCGCCGUGUCCCGCACCUGCGACUACAAGCACCACUGGGAAGAUGUGUUGGUUGGCUCAGUGAUGGGCUUGGUGCUCGCAUACCUGUGCUACAGGCAGUACUACCCUCCCCUGACAGACCCCACGUGCCACAAACCAUCUCUGGCCAAGCCCAAACCGCUGCCAGCGCACGAGGAGAAGCCUCCAGCUGCCAGCUUCCACCUGAACAUCUAGUGCCAGGCUCUUCCUGCCUGCUCCCUGGAUGCCAGGGCAGGGUGAGGCUUGGGGGAGGCUGCUCAGGAGAAGUGAGGACGAACCCCUGGGCAGGUGUUCCCUGCCGAGCUGGUGAGUUUCCUGCCCUGGCCCUUGUGUUGCUUCAUCUCACUGAAUUUUGUAGGCCGCCCCCUCCUCAGGCCCACUGUGAAGGGAGGGAGGCGCUCGGGCUGCCAAGCUGCACAAAGACAGUUGGGGUGUGAACACAAACUGGGAAGAUGUGACGACCCAGUGUGCUCGGUCUGGUGGGAGUUCUCAUGUCCAGUCCAGGAGGCACCACUGGCCACCUCCCUGCAGUCCAGCCGAGCUGUCCCAGCCCUUCUCCUGGGAAAUGAAGUGCAGGACCUGCCAACUUUGAGCUUUUCUAAUUUCCCAAAUAAAGGAGUUUAAUUUUUGUAA